AUGGCGUUCAGGGGUAUUGUGGUCCUUGCUUCAGCACUUUUUGUUCAGUCUGCCUUGAGCCAGUGUGUCGGCCGAGCUGGUCCCGGUCUUGGAGGGUACCGUGGCGGUUGGGAUGGCUUUGGUUACGACGGUCUGGGAUACGACGGUGCCGGAUACGGAUGGAAUGGUCGCCUCGGCUGUGGUGGUCUCGGAGAUGAUAUCGUAGCGGCCAGCGCUCUUGGAGCCUCUCACGGAGGUACCCUUGCUGUGGUGACUUCUUCUGCCGCUCCCACUGGCUUGGGCAUAGCUUCUGAAAAUUCAUACGAAGGCGGCGUUGGUAUAUGUGGUAACCUACCAUUCCUGAGUACUGCGUCUAUAGCCGGCGAACUCAGAACCGGUGGUACCGGUGGUAUCGACUAUGGGUGUGGUAACGGAGCUGUUGGGAUAACAGUGGAAAGCGUAAUAUCUCCUGCCAUUAACUAUGCUCCUGCUGGUGCUCCUUUAGGCAGGAGCUUCAAUCGCGGCUGCGGAUGCGGUGCUGCCAACCCAUAUUAA